GGCGGCCGGAAAGCAUCGCACCCGGGCAGGCAGGCAGGCAGGCAGGCGCAGUGCACCGCGCGGGCUCGGACGACGACGACCGGAACGCACCCCGGCUUGGAAUCAUCCACAGACCUCCGCCCUUUUUUUUUUUUCCUUUGUUUUUGUUGUUCUGGCCGCGUGGGCGUUUCACACCCCGGAUGUUGCUGCAGGGGGUCCGCGGCUGCGAGGGCCUGCCGGCGGCUGCUCGAGGGAGGACGGACGCCCCCCCCUCCCUCCCUCCCUCCCUCAGCACCAGAAUCGAUAUCCAGAAAACAAAAACCCCCCAAACCCCCCCCCCCCCCUUCAAUGCGUAUUUGCAGCUAGCUGUGAGGAAGCCACAUUUAAGGCCUCCCGUUCCCCUGCCAUACAUGGCAACAUCGCUCAACGGCCUCACAGCAUUUAAGUGUUGCCAUAAUAUUUGAAUUAUUGCUCUCUAACGUGUGAAAGGUUUUUUUACAUCUCGCAGGCACUACUGUUCGUAAAUUGCGCAAGUACAUCCAUGUGAUUUGCAUACAAUGCCGCCGACUAUUGUGGCCGCUAUUCACACUUGCAUAUAUAACAUGCACAGUAUUGUAAUAGAUGUACAGAUCGCCUAUUUAUGAUCCAUGUACAGUUAUUUUGCAGCAUGUUAACUCAUGUACGAGUACAGUUGUCACUCCACUGCUGCUUAGUCAUACUCCAAGGCCCGUGCUGCAUUUUGAAUAUUUAUCAAUAGAUGUGUAGCUUUCUUUCUUUCUUUCUUUCUUUCUUUCUUCCGACCUACAAUGCUGAUGUAUAUUGUUGCUUCACUUUGAAAUAUACGGCACCUAUUUCUCGCUCCAGCGCUCAUCGUGUUUUAUUUUCACACAAUGCCACAUAAACCCUGCUGGCUCUGCUUGCUGCCUUUUUGUUCACCUUCAUCGCUACACACAAGUACAGUCGCCAUUGCUGCCUGCAUACGUGCCAUUCGUGACAUGACCACGGUGACCAGGUAAUGCUACUGCGAACAUCCUUUAGCGCGCUAGGUUUUUAUUUCGACUCGAGAUGGAAGGUGUUAGCAAAGUCAGGACACACGCGCGCCGCCAUCUGCAAGAGAAUGAUGCUCACAAACGCUCCCUGCCAUUCACGUGUGGAUUAACGCCAGGCGGGCCGGUGGUCAACGCGGUGGACAAUCACCACGGUGUUCCCCGACGAGGAGUUGUCAGGGUUACGUGGCAAAGGUUCAGGGUCGGGACUCGGGUGUUAAGGUUUAGUGUGGCGUGUUCGGGCACAGGUCAAGGCGGGGAUGAGGGUAGACGUGUGUUUGUUUCCAACUGCUAGUCGGUUGGCACAUUUUACGUGACAGGCUAACAUCUCACGGAAGGACUUUUCGGGCGUGUGUGCGCGUUUUCAGGUCGGGGAUGGCAGUGAAUGUGUACGCCACGUCCGUGUCCAUUGACAACCUCAGCCGGCACGACAUGCUGGCGUGGGUCAACGAUUCCUUGCACCUCACCUACACCAAGAUCGAACAGCUCUGCUCAGGGGCGGCGUACUGCCAGUUCAUGGACAUGUUGUUCCCGGGGUGCGUCCUCCUCAAGAAGGUCAAGUUUCAAGCAAAACUGGAGCACGAAUAUAUACACAACUUCAAAGUUCUUCAGGCGGCCUUCAAAAGGAUGAGCGUGGACAAGAUCAUUCCGGUAGAAAAGCUGGUCAAGGGAAAGUUCCAGGACAACUUUGAGUUCGUGCAGUGGUUCAAGAAGUUCUUCGACGCCAACUACGACGGGAAGGAGUACGACCCGAACGUAGCCAGACAGGGGCAGGAAGUGUCCCCCGCUCCCAACCCAGGACCGCAGAGGACGUCUCCGACAGUGCCCAAAAACAUGCCGACGCCGCAGAGGGUCCAACACAACACCCCGGCUUUGAGGAAGAACUCCACCCUGUCUCGAAACGGCGGCAGCGACGCGGAGAUCACGGAGCUCAAUCAACAGUUGAUGGAGUUGAAGCUGACGGUGGACGGCCUGGAGAAGGAGAGAGACUUUUAUUUCAGUAAACUACGAGACAUCGAGCUCAUCUGCCAGGAGCACGAGAGCGACGACAACCCGGUGCUCGGCAGGAUAAUCGACAUCCUGUACGCCACAGAGAUAGAAACUCUAAGCGGUGGCAGCGAAUUCAACUCGACGGACUUCGUAACAAGGAGCAGCAGUUCGGAGGGCUUUGCGCCUCCAGAAGAUGAAGAGUUGGAGGAACAAGCCCACCUGGACCAGGAUGAAUACUGAAUGCCCCCCUGACUUCCCCGCUUUCCUUUGUCUUUGAUUGAUUUCGACUGUCCGCGCACGCUCUUACCGACUCAAUUCACCCGCCGCCUUCCCUGCCCUCGCGAUAUCUUCAGUCCCUGUCCUCGCUGUCACAUUUUUGAUAUAUAUUGUUUUUUGAAGCUAUCCUCUGACACACAGCUAUACGUCAUCACGGUUAGCUAAGAGCACCAUGCGACCGAUCCGGUUUUCGCCAGCAUGAGCCAAGAAGACGAGACGAGCGGCCCGUAAAUCAUGACCACAUUUUGGAUUUUUGCACGAUACGGAGAUAUUUAUUUUGCCUCGGGUGCGCGGCGCGGCAGCACUUUUUAAACGCAGCGCAACGACGACGACGACAACAACAACAAAACUCAAGUGACUUUUUACUAGCGGUUUCUUAUUUAUUUAACUUAUCGUUUUUUGAUCCACCUCCUGUAGCAGAAACCUACUGUACGAGAAAAGCGGAGGCCGAGCUUUUUGGUUUCCGCCCGAGCGGCUUUAUAGUAUGUAGAACGGGGACACAAAUACUUUGAAGGAUGUGAUCGGAGUGCAUUGAUUGAUUGAUUAUUAUUGAGCAGCAACAUAUCUGAGCAUGAGAAUGUUAUACAUUGACUGCGAAUGACUGAUAUUUUGUACAAAUGUAUUUCAUGUGGAAAUAAUGUGGUCUGAUGUCACGCGGUUAAAUGCAACAUGACGUGUUUUGUUGUCGUUUUGUUUUGUUUUGUUUUCUUCCAGCCGCUUACUAGGCUGGUCCUAUUUCAGUUAUUAAAAUCAUGGCCAAUCAGAUGAGGCGAAUAUUAUGACAGACGUGGACCGCCCAACGACUGCACAAACGGUGACUUAAGAAGUUGGAGAACGAAGGUUCGUCAAUUCAAAGUCGGACCGGACAACUUUUUUGUGGCACAGUCACCGGGUGCUUUAAAAAGGUACUUUGGCACUUUUACUGUUAGAAUCCUGUUGAACAACGCCGAACAAGUCUUCUUGUUGCCUCCUGUUUUGUUUUUGUUUUUGUUUGUGUUGUUCAAUUUUGCAAAUCGCUUUAGAACUGACAUUCAUCCACGGCAUAAACAUCAUGGACUGAACGCUCAUCAUUUUGAGUUUACAAUGAAUAAACAGUUGUG